AUGGAAUAAGAUACUUAUCAGAGUUACAGUAAUUCUCAUUUGAAAUAGUUUAAAGUAAUUAAUCAGCUACAUACAUUUUAGAUAUACUUGAAGAAGAGCUUUGCUAAAGUAAUAAUUUAACAGAAUUAAGUAUUGAUUUAGGAUAUAAAAUUAUUAUCACUAAUAAUUGCUUUGAUUAUCUAUUACGCAUCCUAAAAAAUCUAAGUAAUCUUUAAAAAUUAGACCUAAGAAUAAAUUGUUAUAAUAAAGGGAAUAUUUAAUAAUUUCAACUAUUAAAUGCAGAGAUUUACAAAAACUUUUUACCCAAUCUUAAAAAAUUAAUAAUAAAAUUAGAUUAUAUUUCAGUCUCACUCAUUAAUUUUAUUUUAUCUUUUUUUUCUUAAAUCAAUAAUUUGGAAUAAGUUAUUUUAGAUUUUUUGA